AUGCCGUCCGAAGCGCAAACGGACCCCGUGUACUCGGAGGCCACGACGCCCAGGGGUGCCGACAACGUGCCCGUGUUCGACGAAUCCCAAAAAGCCGCCGCGCGCCAGAUCAAGCCCAACCUCAUCAUGUACGCGAGCAUCCUGGUGGCGCUGCUGCAGCCCUUCCAGAGCGGCUGGUCGUCCUCACAGACCAACCUGUCGCAGUACAACGACACGGACGAGUGCAACGCGCGGCCCGUGGCCGAGGACACGUGCCUCAUGUUCCCGGGCCACUCCAAGCUCGAGUGGACGUUCGCCGUGAACGCGUGGAUCUUCGGCGGCAUGGUCGGCUCUCUGUGCUGCGGCCACUUCAGCGACCUGUGGGGCCGCAAGAAGCUGCUCUUCGUCAACUGCAUCUUCAUGAUCGUGGGCGCCGUCGUCGAGGCGUCCGUGUCGAACGUCUGGGCCUUCUCGGCCGGCCGCCUCAUCGCCGGCAUCGC